AUGUCUGCCUCCCGCUCGUUAACAGCGGCGAAGGAGGGCGAAAAGGCCUUUGAAAGCGGCGAGAAAGUCAGUGCGGAGUUCUUCGCCAUCACGUACGGGGCUCUCGUGCAGCAAAUGCUCGCCGAUCUCCCGCAGCCCGACAAUGUAGAAACCGUCAAUCAACAAUUAGACGCGAUGGGCCGCCGCAUUGGCGCACGGCUGGUGGAGGAGUUCGGCGCCCGCAGUGGAUCCCCACCGUGCCGCACCUUCGCACAGGCCGCGGAGAGUGCUGCGUUGAUUGGACUGCGUAUGUUUUUGAAUAUUAAAGCCACAGUAGAGCCGGUGCGGGCGGCGGAUACAUUUUCAAUUACAUUUCAAGAGAAUCCACUCGCAUUAUUUGUGGAACUGCCGGAAGGAGUUGUGCGGGAGCGGCUGUGGUAUUCAAAUGUUGUGUGUGGAGUGUUGAGUGGGGCAUUGGCGAUGGUGGGAUUUGUGGCGGACGUGGUGUUUGUGCGGGAUACACUCCGUGGGGAUCCUACCAAUGAAUUGUUGCUUACCUUUAAGGGAAGAGAGAAGGAGACAUUUCAGAUUGAACGAUAG